AUGGGUAAAGCUUUGGUCUUUUUGGGUUUAUUAGCGGUUGGGCUGUUGGGGUUGGUCGGGGUCAGCGGGUUCCCAGCCGAGGACUUGGUGGCGAGGUUGCCCGGUCAGCCCGAGGUCGGGUUCAGAUCCUCUAGCUUUGCUUUUGCAAUUGAGAAUGUCGUGGGCUGGAGGCUCAUAGACGAAGAUGGUGGACUUAAGCUGCAGUGCUUGUGGAAGCUGAGAGACUUCAAGUGCGGGGUUGAACUCAUCAACAGGAUAUACAAGGUUGUGGAACCAACGGGUCACUUCCCAAGUCUACAUUUGGAGCAGCCAAACCAAGUUAGAGCUGAGCUAUGGACUGAAUCAAUCGGAGGGCUGAGCAUGAAUGACUUCAUUGUGGCGGCCAAGAUAGAUCUCAUCAAAACAUCAGAUCUUGUCCCGAAGAAGAGAAUAUGGGCAUAAAAUAAAAUAAAUCAGCGAGAGUACUCAUGUGCCAAUAGGCCUCUGCUGCAAUGCAAGGAGCUUGUGCAGAUAAAAACGAACCGAUGAUACUGUAUGAUAUCAAGCUUCAAUGCAAUCAAUAGGAAGCUCAAGCCAAGCCAAUUAGCCAAUGGGUAGUCUUGUUGUAUACCAGGAGCCGACAACUCAGGGAGGGAGCGGGGUGUGCAAUGGCAAUCGUGUUGUAUGUACAAUGUUUUAACUGUGUGUUUUGAUUCGUUUUCAUUCGGUGGUCAAAUCACGGCUGGCCAUUAGAAGCUAUGUACUUUGUUAUUCCUCAUUUCUUUGACGGGCUGCGAAUUCAAUGGUAGCUAAUACAUAUGCUCGGUCAGGACCCAGGAUGUUGUUAUGA